GUGGACUAAAGCCAACAGUCUCUUUAGUUCAUCCGUCGACCGCGGAUCGUUGUUUUGUUUGCCAGUCUUUCCCCGUUUUGUUGAACCGCAUCAUUUAGAAAGCGUUCAUAUAACCAAUAAUGGCGGCCAGUAACGGUGAUUCCAAAAUGAGCCAGCAGGGGCCAGCUUUUGAUUCCAAUGCGAUGACGCUGACGCGUUUCGUGUUGCAGGAGCAGCGUAAGUUUAGGAACGCCACCGGAGAUCUGUCCCAGCUGCUCAACUGCAUCCAGACGGCGAUCAAGGCGACUGCCUCGGCAGUCCGGAAGGCAGGAAUCGCCAAGCUCCAUGGAAUCGCCGGUGACGUGAAUGUCCAGGGUGAGGAAGUGAAGAAACUGGAUGUGCUCUCCAACGAACUGUUCAUCAACAUGCUGAAAUCCUCCUACACAACCUGCCUGAUGGUUUCCGAGGAGAACGAGAAAGUGAUCGAGGUGGAAGUGGAGAAACAGGGCAAAUACAUUGUGUGUUUCGAUCCGCUGGACGGAUCCUCCAACAUAGACUGUCUGGUGUCGAUCGGUUCGAUCUUCGCCAUAUACCGCAAGAAGAGCGAUGGUCCGCCCACCGUCGAGGAUGCACUGCAGCCGGGUAAUCAGUUGGUGGCUGCCGGAUAUGCGCUCUACGGCUCGGCGACGGCGAUUGUCUUGGGCCUGGGAUCCGGAGUAAAUGGCUUCACCUACGAUCCGGCCAUCGGAGAGUUCAUCCUGACCGAUCCCAAUAUGCGGGUGCCGGAGAAGGGCAAGAUCUACUCGAUCAACGAGGGCUAUGCCAGCGACUGGGAGGCGGGCGUGUUCAACUACAUUGCGGCCAAGAAGGAUCCCAGCAAGGGCAAGCCGUACGGAGCCAGGUACGUGGGUUCCAUGGUCGCUGAUGUCCAUCGCACCAUCAAGUACGGCGGUAUCUUCAUCUACCCGGCCACCAAGUCGGCUCCAAAUGGCAAACUUCGCCUGCUGUACGAGUGCAAUCCGAUGGCCUAUCUGAUGAUCCAGGCUGGCGGAUUGGCCAGCGAUGGAAAAAUCAGCAUUUUGGACAUUGUGCCCCAGAAGAUUCACGAACGCAGUCCCAUCUUCCUGGGUUCCAAGGCCGAUGUGGAGGAGGCGCUCAGCUACUUGAAGUGAUUUUUGUAAUUUGUGUAAUUUAUCAAUAAAGAAACUUUCUAUUUUUUA